GGCGAUGUGGUGUUACAACGACAAGCCUCCGAGCUUGCAAUGAGGAAGACAGCAGCAUGGUGGAAGGACCUUCAGUGUUAUGUAGUUUAGAAAGCUUGCAGAAAUGACAGGCGUUGCUGUUUUACUCUGAUACUUAACUCGGAACCAUCAGACAGAAGGUCGGUGUUAUGGUCUGAAUCCACCAUGGAGCCCAUAAUGAAUCACAUCUGGACAAGAGUCUUCCAGCGCGUCCACAGAGCCUCUGCUCUCUCCCGGAGGAGCCAUUCAGGAUGUGCCGGAGAACAUGCCGCCGUCCCUGCCUCCACCAGCUCCACACGUAUCAAACCCACACUCCUGGUGUCACGCCUCUACCAGCCAGCAAACCUGCGUGAUGUUGGUCCAGACGCCCGACUGCAAGGAGAGGUGACGUGUAAGAGCCAGAGGCUCAUGCAGCAGGCUGGGCUCAUCUACCCAUCCAACCCAGGAUGUUACUACUACCUGCCUGCGACUGUGCGCUCCAUGGAGAAGCUGGUAAGAAUAAUCGACCAGGAGAUGCAGGGGGUUGGUGGUCAGAAGCUGGACAUGCCCAGUUUGUGCUCAGCUGAUCUCUGGAAAACAAGUGAGCGCUGGGAUUUGAUGGGAAAGGAGCUCCUCCGCCUGAAAGACCGCCAUGAAGCUGACUACUGCCUGGCCCCCACACACGAGGAGGCGGUGACUACUCUGGUCGCUCACCAGACGACUCUGUCCUACAGACAGCUUCCCCUGCUUCUCUAUCAGAUCACACGAAAAUUCAGGGACGAACCGAAGCCGAAGUUUGGUCUUCUUCGAGGGCGGGAGUUCUACAUGAAGGACAUGUACUCCUUUGAUGUGAGUGAAGAAGCAGCCUACGAGACCUACGAGUCUGUGUGCCAGGCGUACACCAGGCUGUUCACCCGGCUGGGUUUGCGUUGCGUUCAAGUGCAAGCGGACACGGGCAACAUUGGCGGUAAACUCUCCCACGAGUUCCAGCUGCCGGCAGACAUUGGGGAGGACCGGCUGCUGGUCUGUGGGAGCUGCUCCUUCUCUGCUAACGUAGAAACCCUUUCAUCAGACAGGACUGAGUGUCCACAGUGUAAAACUGGCACACUGGUCGAAUCCAAGGGAAUAGAAGUCGGCCACACCUUUUACCUGGGUAAAAAAUACUCUAAUGUUUUUAAUGCAACCUUCAGUAAUGCACAGAACAAGCCAUGCAUUGCAGAGAUGGGAUGCUACGGUCUUGGGGUGACCCGUAUUCUUGCUGCAGCCAUUGAGGUGAUGUCGACGGAGGACAGCAUCCGCUGGCCUGGCCUUCUGGCCCCUUACCAGGUGUGUGUUAUACCCCCAAAGAAGGGCAGUAAGAUGGAUGAGGUGACCUUUUUAGCUGAGGAGCUGGUCCAAACUCUGGGAGAGACUCUGCCUCGGUUGAGAGGUGAAGUAGUUCUGGAUGACCGUACACACAUGACCAUCGGGAAGAGGCUGAGGGAUGCCAGCAGACUGGGCUACCCGUAUGUUGUUGUGGUGGGACAGGGAGCUCUAGAGGAAACUCCAAGGUAUGAGGUGAUCUGUCAGCAGACCGGUGAGACAAUGUUUCUCAGUAAGGAAGGACUGAUGGACCUCAUGGGACGAGUGGAAACUAUAUGAAAACCAAAUCUGAAUGUUGAAAAAAAUUAUUAACUUUAUGUAGGAGACAAUUAAUGAGGUGGAGGGGUGAGGAAAUUAAGGCCUGUUAUGUCUUAUAUGUUUUUGUUAUGCCCUUAAAGGAACAGCAGGUGGCGAUGUUAUACACAAAACAUUCAACAUAGUGUCUACUGCUUGAACUGAGUCUACGGUCACUGUAGAAGUCUGAUUAUAAACUUUGCCAUCACAAUAUUACUUCACCAUGAUAACAUGAACAAGAAUUUCAUUUUUGAUUCACGUUUGUCCACAAAUAAAGAUCAUGAUUUCAUACAGGUGAGAAAUAUGA